CUAGAGUGCCAGGAAAAAAAAGUGCUGAGGAGUCCUAGGGAGAUGAGGCUAUUUUUGUUCGAAGCUGAUACUUCUAGCUGAGCCACAAGUGCUUCUUGGGAAGGGCUGAGGUUGUUUCCAGGGGGAGAACUCUGCAGAGAAGAGGCAAAGUUCAACAGGACAACAAAGAAGCAGCAGAAACAGCCAGAAAAUAAUAAUAAUAAUAACGGAGAGCCCUCCUCACAUUUUCACACAGAACCCUCUACCAGAGUUCUCAAAUCCUAAAGUACUUCGCAAAGUGCCACUUGACAGGAACUUUUCACCCGACUCAAUUUCUACGACCACCAUGACUGAGAUCACUGCUGAAGGAAAUGCAUCGACAACCACAACUGUUAUAGACAAUAAAAAUGGAUCUGUGCCCAAGUCCCCUGGAAAAGUGCUGAAGAGGACAGUCACAGAAGACAUAGUGACAACCUUCAGCUCCCCAGCAGCCUGGCUCCUGGUCAUUGCACUCAUCAUCACAUGGUCAGCAGUGGCUGUUGUCAUGUUUGAUUUAGUGGAUUACAAAAACUUUUCAGCAAGCUCCAUUGCCAGGAUUGGGUCAGAUCCUCUCAAACUUGUACACGAUGCUGUGGAGGAAACCACAGACUGGGUCUAUGGCUUCUUUUCUUUGUUGUCUGACAUCAUCUCAUCUGAGGCUGAUGAUGAAGAUGAUGAUGCGGAUGAGGACAUUGAUAAAGGAGAAAUAGAAGAGCCUCCCUUGAAAAAAAAAGAAAUACAUAAAGGAAAGGCUGAAAAGCCAGAGAAACCUGAAAGGAAAAUACAAACUAAAGUUGCACACAAAGAAAAAGAAAAAGAAAAGACAAAAGAAAAACCUAUGAAGAAAGCAACCCACAAAGAGAAAAUUGAGAAAAAAGAAAAACCAGAAAUGAAGACAACACAAGAAGAGAAGAAAGCUAAGGCUAAAGAAAAGACUGAAGAAAAGACUAAGAAAGAAGUGAAAGGUGGCAAACAGGAGAAAGGGAAGCAAGCAGCUGCAAAAGUCAAAGAAGUACCAAAAACUCCACCAAAAGCUAAAGAGAAAGAAGAUAAAGAGGCUGCAGCUGUGUCAAAGCAUGAUCAGAAAGAUCAGUAUGCAUUCUGUCGAUAUAUGAUUGACAUGUUUGUCCAUGGGGAUUUAAAACCAGGUAUUCCAAACAAGUCUUGUGAUUGUCUGUUUUAA